UAACAAAUAUGUAAAAAAUAUUUUUUUACAAAAGUUCCCUACAGCACCUUUAAAGCCAAGACCAACAGAGAGUGGCAGCUGGCGUUUGUGCAAGCCGUGUCGAAGACUGGGGGCUAUUCUGCGCAGCGAAACCAGCAAUCGAAAGGGGGAAGAUGGAAGAGAAACUCUGAAAGAUGGGGUUGUUGGAUCUGCGAGACAGAUGAACAUAAGACAUUCAGGUGUACAAGAUGCAGACGGUUGGGCAGAGGAUUGCCCGGAGAACCGGCAAUAUCAACAAGCAGACUGAAGCGAGGGAGACGGAGAGCAGAGAGGAGGGGUCCAGGCCGAGCAACCAACGGUCACAAGUGAGGGAAGUGAAAAUUUUCUGCUCUCUGCAAUGAAGAAAAUGCUUGCUUUCCUUUGUGUAUGUCUGAUUCUGUUGAUAAGCAUUCUGACAGAUGUGCUAUUAUGUUUAAGAGUGAAGCUUUUAUGAAAAUGCCUAAAUAUCCUAUGUUAGUAGAGGGGAUAUUGGUUGAGUUUUUAGCUGAUUCUGGGGCCGCACAGUCACACCCCUGCAUGUCCAGUGCCUUUGAUGGGGAGAGAUUUAUUGUGCAAACUAAAUUUGACACUGAUUGCAGACUCUGGGGGUGUCUGAGUGGCAGAGAAAGAGCAGAUUUGUUGUCUGCAAGCAGAACCAAAAUAGGCAUAUGAAUGGCACAUCAGAAAUUCUGAAUGGGCUGGAAUGAUGUGUGAACUGACAAAAAAUCGAGCAAAACCAUUUGACAGAGAAAUCACGUUGCCUGACAAAUUGCAUUGCACGUCACAUGUUGUAGUACAAUGAGAUGACCAGUAUGAAAAUGACUGGUUUGAAGGAGGAAAAGGAGAAACUUUGCGUUUUGAGAAAAUGUUUUAGACAGAAAAUGUGUGUGCAGUUUCAGUUUGCCUGACAGAAAAACAGCUUCAGUUUUACUCAAUGGCAGAAGAUUCUGUGCCUCGCUCUCCAAGGCCAGCAGACAGGGCCCAGAUUAGAACUGUUUGUGAAAAGCUGUGUUUGUGUUACAGACAGAGACAGAUAGGGGAGGGAGUGAAACAUAGUGAGAGUCUGGGAGCGUUUAUGUCAGAGUGCAAGCAUGGAACAAAAGGAAAAGGGAAAAUCAUUGCAUGACAAUUAUUUGUGCCUCAGAUAUACAUCAAGCAUUAACAGAAGUGCCAUCAGAGUUAUGGGCAAAACACAAAUAUGAUGUGGGUUUAAUUAAAGGAUGUGAACCAGUUGUUGUCACCCCAAAAUCUGAUUACAGACCAUGUCAACGUCAAUACCCUCUAAAACUAGAGGCAAUUCUUGGUAUAAAACCAGUAUUUGAGUCACUAUUAAAAGAGGGAAUAAUGGUGCCAUGUAAUGAUUCUCCAGUUCGCACUCCAAUUUUUCCUGUAAAAAAAAUAAGGGAUGAGGGUCAGCCCACAGAGUGGCAAUUUUUACAAGAUUUACAGGCGGUGCUGUCAUGCAAAGAGCUCCAUCAGUACCAAAUCCAUACACAAUUUUAUCACAAAUACCACAAGAUGCAACAUUCUUCUCAGUGGUAGAUUUGGCAAAUGCAUUUUUUAGUGUGCCAGUUGAUAAAGACAGCCAAUUCUGGUUUGCAUUUGAAUUUGAGGGCAAAGGUUACACCUGCGCUCGAAUGCCACAAGGGUAUUGCAAUGCCCCUAGUGAUUACAACGAAGCCCUAAGGAGGAGUUUGGAGCUUUUGACCCUGACAGCAGGCACAGCCUUGUUACAGUAUGUGGAUGAUCUUUGCCUGUGUGCUCGUGAUGAGCUCACAUGUGUGACUGACACUAUGACCCUCUUGAACCAUCUGGCUUGGGAGGGCCAUGAAGUCAGCCUGACAAAAUUGCAGCUCAUAAUACAACAGAUUACAUUCCUGGGGCAUGUAAUAACACCAAAUAGCAAAUCACUGUCUGAAAAAGGGGUUAAAUCUACAAGAGAAGUCCCAAAACCAGUAACAAAGAAACAAAUGCUUAUUUUUGGGGGAAUGUGUUCCUAUUGUAGAACAUCUAUUCCAAAUUAUGCAAUUUUUGAGCUGCCCCUGAGAGCCCUGAGAGGGAAGGGGUUGAAUUUAUAUGACAGGAUUGAGUGGACAGAGGAAGCGGCACAAGCAUUUCUGAACAUGAAAGUUCAGCUGUCUGUUGCGCCAACUCUGGGCUAACCCAGGCCGAAAUAAACCCUUUAUUCAGAUGGUUGAUGAGGAAAAAAAUGGGUUUAUGACUUCUGUAUUGUUGCAACAUCAUGAAGACAAGUUGAGACCUGUGGCAUAUUUUUCCAGCAAAUUAGACCCAGUUUCAGCAGGCCUGCCACACUGUCUGAGGGUGUGGCGGCUGCUGAGAAGGCCGUAAUGGCUUCUAGAGAAUUCGUAGGCUACUCUGAUCUGACAUUGAUGGUGCCUCACGCAGUGUCCAUGAUUUUGCAGGAACAGAAAACAUCACACUUAUCAACAGCUCGAUGGUUAAGAUAUCAUACUAUUCUGCUUGAUAUACCUAAUAUCACUGUUAAGCGAUGCACAACCUUGAAUGCUGCUACUCUCCUUCCAACAGAUGAGGAUGGGGAGGAGCAUCAUUGUUGUUUAACAGCACUUGAACAAGUGUGUACACCACAUCCAGACCUGUCUGACGUGCCACUUGAAAAUUGUGAAAAUGUCCUCUUGGUGGAUGGUGCAGCUUUUAAAGAUCCACAAACAGGCCUGAAUAAGGUGAAAGCUGCUCAGGGGAAGGUUGCUGAAACACCGCUGCACGAACUGAAACCAGGAGAUUUCGUGGUGGUACGAGAUCUGAGGAGAAAGAGCUGGAAGGCGAAAAGGUGGCUGGGACCGUUCCAGGUGCUUCUGACCACUCACAUGGCUGUGAAGGUAGCAGAGAGAGAAACGUGGAUCCAGGCCAGCCACUGCAGGGAGGUCCAACAGAAAAGAUCUGGAGACACACACGUCAAUAAGGCCAGAAUCCAGCCUAAACAUCAAGCGUCCUUAUCAGCGGGAAGAGCAAGGUUAAGACUGAAAAACAGCACCGAAGUAGUCUGUGCGCAAGUGAAAAGAUAAAUAUGAGCAUCAUAGUUGGGUACAUCAUGUUG